AUGCGCGCGACGACGACGACGACGCGCGCGGUGACGACGACGCGGCGACGCGGGAAAACGAGCGGGAACGUCGUGACGCGAGCGACGGGAGGGGACGACGGGGGGGCGAAGUCGAGGUCGUCGUCGAUCGACGUGCCGCGGAAUCACGCGGUGAGCCCGGGACGGAGAGGGCGCGCGCGCGGGACGAAUGGAGACGCGAUCGAACCGCCGAUGGAAUUGGCGGCUCGUGCGCACGUUGGAUCGAUGGAACAGUAUCGAUCGAUGUAUAAUCGGUCGAUCAAGGAGCCGGAGAUGUUCUGGAGCGAGAUCGCGGGGGAGCUUCGUUGGGAAACCGCGUUUGACGGCGUCGAUAAGCCCGAGGAAGUCUUAGAGUGGAAUUUCGAUCCGAGCAAAGGGGAGGUUUACGUCAAGUGGUUCGCGGGUGGGCGAACCAACAUGUCGUUCAAUUGCUUAGACCUCCAGAUCGAACGAGGUCUGGGGGAUUCUCCGGCUUUAAUCUUUGAGGCUAACGACGCCGUCAACUCGAGAAUCUUUACCUUUAACGAGCUCCGCGAAGAGGUCUCAACUUUCAGCAAAUUUUUAGUCGCUCAGGGCAUCGGAAAAGGCGAUAGGGUCAUCAUGUAUCUUCCGAUGAUCCCGAUGAUGCCGAUCGCCAUGCUUGCGUGCGCGAGGAUCGGUGCCGUUCAUUCAAUCGUUUUCGCGGGUUACUCUGCCAAAUCACUCGCCCAACGCGUCGUCGAUUGCCAAGCGAAAAUGAUCAUCACCGCGAGCGCUUCUCGCCGUGGAAAAAAGAUAAUACCUCUAAAAAAGAUCGUGGACGAAGCGCUCGAGAUUUGCAUGCAAAAUGAUGGGUUCUCUCCCGAUCGAGUUGUGGUGAAAGGUAACGCCGACACCAGAAUUGAUGAUACUCCGUUUCUCAACAUUGAUGACGUGCCGUUCAAUCCACAGCGCGAUUUGUGGUGGGACGAUGAUAUCUCGCAGUAUCGAAUGGAUGAAAAACCGGAUCCCAUGGAGUUCAUCGACAGUCUCGAUCCCGCUUUCAUUCUGUACACGUCAGGCUCCACCGGAAAGCCGAAAGGAGUUGUACAUGCGCUCGGCGGGUAUCUUGUCUAUGCGUACGCGACGAGCAAAUUCGUCUUCGAUCUUCAUCCUGGGGAAGACAUCGUGUUCUGCACCGCCGAUCUCGGUUGGAUAACGGGUCAUUCGUACACACUUUAUGGACCUCUCUUGAAUGGCUGCGCCACUGUGUUGUUCGAGGGAACGCCAACGUAUCCAAACGCCGAGAUAUGGUGGAACAUCGUGGACAAACAUCGCGUGACGAUCUUCUACACGUCUCCCACAGCUCUUAGAACUUUACAGGGCUUCGGUGACGCUCCGGUGCACAAAAGCUCUCGUGCGACGUUGAGAAUCCUAGGCACUGUAGGCGAGCCGAUCGCGAAAGAAACGUGGCUGUGGUAUCAUGAAAUCAUCGGCGACAAAAAGCUUCCGAUAGUCGACACGUGGUGGCAAACCGAAACCGGUGGACAUAUCAUCACGCCGCUUCCCGGUGCGACGCCGCUCAAGCCAUCGAGCGCGACGUUUCCGUUCUUCGGCGUCGAGCCCGUUUUGCUCGAUCCUGUCGACGGGCAUGAAAUCGAUGGGGAAGGUGAAGGUUCGCUUUGCAUCAAACGUCCGUGGCCCGGGAUUUUCAUGGACGUGCACGGCGCGCACGAACGAUACGAGAACUCUUACUUCAAAGUCUUCGAGGGCGGUUACUAUGCGUCGGGCGAUGGCGCGCGUCGAGACGCUGACGGCUACUUGUACGUCACCGGUCGAUUGGACGACGUCAUGAACGUGAGUGGACAUCGAAUAGGGACCGCAGAAGUCGAGUCAGCUUUGGUUCAACACCCACUCUGCAUCGAAGCCGCCGUGGUAUCGAUCGGACACGAGAUCAAGGGCGAAACGAUAGUCGCGUUCGUGAUUUUAGAUCCUCUGCGCAAGAAGGAGGCGACGCAAUAUCCCGAGCAAGAACUCGUCUUCAAGGUUCGCGCUGAAAUCGGCCCUUUCGCCGCCCCCGAACGAGUCAUAGUCGUCAAAAACCUCCCGAAAACGCGAAGCGGAAAGAUCAUGCGCCGAAUCUUGAAGAAAAUAGCCGCCGGAAACAUCGAGGAUUUGGGCGACGUCUCCGCGCUCGCCGACCCGGGCUCAAUCGAACACUGCAUCCAAGCCGAGCAGCGAGCGCGCGGCACGCGAUGA